GAAAGCACAAAGAAAUCUAAAAACAAAACACUCGAAAAGCUUAAACUUCCACGAUUUAAAUUAAUUUACUAAAAGAAACGACUUGAUAACUUCUUGAUUUUAGAUUAAUCUAUUAAAUUAGCACGUUCUUCUCUCAUUAGUGUAGAAGGAUUUUGACGGCGCUUUUGAAAAAUAUCCAGACAGUUCAUUUCAGCAAAUCAGAAUGGCUAAGGUUCACAUAACAAAUGUCGUUGUAUUAGACAAUCCCAGCAGUUUUUUCAAUCCAUUUCAAUUUGAACUCACAUUUGAAUGCAUCGAAGAACUUAAAGAAGAUCUCGAGUGGAAAAUGAUUUACGUUGGAUCUGCCGAAUCUGAAGAAUAUGAUCAAGUUUUAGACACAAUUUACGUCGGUCCCAUACCGGAAGGGCGUCAUAUUUUUGUUUUCCAAGCAGAUCCUCCAGACACAAGUCGCAUCCCAGAACAGGACGCUCUUGGAGUGACUAUUGUUUUACUCACGUGCUCUUACAGAGGUCAAGAAUUUGUUCGUGUUGGAUAUUUCAUAAACAAUGAUUAUUCAGAUCAAGAACUUCGUGAAAAUCCGCCACAAAAACCUCUUUUCGAUAAAAUGACCAGAAAUAUUCUAGCAUCAAAGCCUCGAGUUACACGAUUCAAAAUAAACUGGGAUGAUACAAAUGGAAACAGUGAGGAAAACAUUGACGGUGAAGCCGGUACAAGUGGAAACAAUCAGACUGAAAAUGGCAUGGUGUUCGAUGAGUUAGCAAUGGAAGAGCCGCAGGAUGAAAAUUCUCUUGUCAUGCCAGGGAAUGAAAAUUCAAACUCGUUGGCAAUGGAAUGUUGAGCGCAUUAUCACGAAAUGUUAAAAAUUCAUCACUGCACAAAUAUUUCAUUUUUCUUUACUAUUUGUGUACCCUUUUUUUCAAUAUAUUUUUAACGUGAUGAAUUCUUCUUUAUUGAAAUUUUUUCAUUAUAAUAUCAUUUCUUAGUUUUCAAUAAAGUUCUAAAAAUCUUUAUGAAAAGAAAUUCUGUCUCAAGAUUUAAUAUCAUUGAUGAUGAUGGUUUAGAUAUUUUGAGAUUAUGCAAACACUUCCCACAUAAGAAAAUUAAAUAUUUGACUGUGUCAAUAUCUUUGAUCAAA